AUGGGGUCGAGUCUUCUGGCAAGCAAUGACAACGUCAAACCUGGCAAUGGUUCGUGGACAUCUGAACAAAGAAAACUGGGUUCGAAAGGCACGAUGCUCGUCGUGUCUGUCGGGGGUCCAAUGACCCCGCUCGUCGAGCGGCCGCCAACGACGAAAAUGACCGGGUGGAGCCCUCAAAACGAAGAAAAAAUAUUAGCAGAGGUGGGAAAAUUGGCAGCAUUCUCUUUCUUGGUGAACACAUCUGGGGCCAAGAAACCCCAAGCGGUCUGCCAAGGCGGCUCAGCCUGGGAUGGGCCUUACGAUUCACAGGGUAGCCACAGGGUGGUCAAGGUGCCAAGAAGACAGGCUGGAGGUUUCGGCUUCGGGAGAGGACCUCAAUAUCAAUUACGGAGCACGGAGUAG